AUGAACACAACAGUACCCUGGAUUCCGACGUUUCAACCUGUCUUGGUUAAUGCCACUGGAGAAGUCAACAAUUCAGUUUUUGGCAGCAGAGGUGAUAAUGAAUUCUGUGAGCAAGUCUUCAUUAAAGCUGAGGUGUUUUUGAUACUUGGCAUCAUCAGUCUUCUUGAGAAUGUCCUCGUCAUCCUUGCAGUGAUCAAGAAUGGCAACCUGCAUUCACCUAUGUACUUUUUUCUUUGCAGCCUGGCAGCAGCAGACAUACUAAUGGGUAUGUCCAAUGCUUUGGAAACCAUCAUGAUUGCCAUCCUGAGCAGUGGCUAUUUAACCAUUGAUGACCACUUCAUCCAGAACAUGGACAAUGUUUUUGACUCAAUGAUCUGUAUCUCUUUGAUUGCCUCCAUCUGCAACCUUUUGAUCAUAGCAAUCGACAGGUACAUUACCAUUCUCUAUGCACUCCGGUACCACAGUAUCAUGACUGUGAGGAAGGCUCUGGCACUCAUUGGGGUUAUCUGGAUAACUUGCAUUUUUUGUGGUAUCAUGUUCAUUGCCUAUUAUGAGAGCAAAACUGUCAUUGUUUGCCUCAUCGCCAUGUUCUUUACCAUGCUCUUCUUCAUGGCCUUGCUUUAUAUUCAUAUGUUCCUGUUUGCACGCUUGCAUGUCAAGCGCAUUGCAGCCCUCCCAGUGGAUGGAGUCCCCCACCAGCAUACCUGCAUAAAAGGGGCUGUCACUAUUACUAUUCUUUUGGGAGUCUUCAUCAUCUGCUGGGCACCAUUUUUCCUCCAUCUCAUCCUCAUCAUUUCUUGCCCCACCAACCCACACUGCCUUUGCUACACUUCUCACUUCAACACCUACUUGGUUCUUAUCAUGUGCAACUCUGUCAUUGAUCCUCUUAUAUACGCUUUCCGGAGUCUGGAGAUGAGAAAGACCUUUAAGGAAAUUGUUUGUUGCUGUUACAGCGUGAGUUCAGGGCGGUGCAUGCUCUGA